AUGGGUUUAUGGUUUGUGUUUGGUGCAGUUUUUGCACUUGCAAGAGCAGAACAAGUCGAUCCACUCACUGAUAAGGAUCAUUUCAAGGCUGGUGGACAUGAUAGCAGAUUUGACCAUGAGGCAUUUCUCGGUAAAGAUACUGCUGAAUCAAAGGAUGUCGUAAGCAAAGAACGUCUUGCGAAAUUAGUUGCGAAAAUGGAUAUAGAUGGUGAUGGCUUCUUGGAAGAAUCUGAAUUAAAAGAUCACAUUGACUUUAUGCAAAAGCGAUAUGUUAAUAACGAUGUUGAUCGGACAUGGAAAAAUUAUAAUGUAGAGAAAGUUAAGGAUGGAAAAAUCUCAUGGAAGGAUUACAUAGAAAUGGUUUAUGGAACAGUGGGUGAAGGACAAGAACUAAGCGCUGAAUAUCAAAAGAUGAUAAUACGUGACGAAAAAAGAUGGAAAAAAGCUGAUUAUGAUUCAGAUGAAAUGCUUGAUCGAACCGAAUAUGGUUGUUUUAUGCAUCCUGAGGACUGCGAUCACAUGCGCGAUGUUGUCGUUCAGGAGACACUCGAAGAUAUUGAUAAAAACAAAGAUGGAUUUGUGGACCUUGACGAAUAUAUCGGUGACAUGUACAGGCCAGAAGACUACCCAGAAUUGGACGGCAAAGAGCCGGAAUGGGUUGCCAGUGAACGGCAGAUGUUCAAGGAGCAUAGGGACAAAGAUGGUGACGGCAAACUGGAUCAGAAUGAAAUGAGGGAUUGGAUAAUGCCUAUAGGUUUCGAUCAUGCUGAUGCAGAAGCAAAACACCUAAUCGGUAUAGCCGAUGAAGACAGAGACGGAAAGUUAUCUCUAAAAGAGGUUCUGGAUCAUUAUGACACAUUUGUUGGAUCACAAGCAACUGAUUAUGGCGAACAACUAAACAAACAUGAUCCUGCGGAACUUUAA